UUGCAGACUGCCAUUAGUUACUAUGAAGCCGCUUGCCUCUAUGGCAGCGUGAAUGUUAAGAAAGCUGCAAUGGUCUUUCUGGAAACAAAUUUGCUCUGCAUUUAUCACAAAGAUGAGCAACUGCUGCGUCAAAUCAGCRUCGAACUAAUGACCAAAUUGGUAGCCAGUCCCGAUUUAUAUGUGAUGCAGACUGAGUUUUCUUUAUACACAUUGCUGCGCACUUGGAUGUACUUGCGUCUGCAUCCAUUGUACGAUGCUGAAAAUACUGCGGAUAAAGCGCCUGUAGCUGGUGCGGGUGAUGGCAGUAGAAGUGCCGUUGGUAGCAAUAAUAAUAACAGCAAUAACGAGAGUCAGUGUCUGUCAGAUCUCGUAAAGGAUUACUUUGCGCAUCGCAGUGAGAGACGUUCAUUCCUGGCCACACCCGAAGGUCAACAAUUUGUGCCGCCAUUCCAAGCGCUACGCACGCAGUACUUAACCAAUCAUCAUACAGAUUUGAAAAUCGUACUUAAUGAUAAUAUUAUUCCAAAGGAUUGGCUGCAUAGUCAUGUGCUAAGUCACUGGCAUUCGAUUUUGAAGGUCGACCAUUUGCCGGAGGAGGGACCGCAAAACCUUGAUGCCGAUGUGUUUUAUAAGAAUUGCAUGCGCUGCGGCCGCAUUCUACUUGAGCCUGGCUACCAGAAGUGGCGGUGGACGGGCUUCAACUUCGGUUUAGAUCUUGUGCUGGUCGCUGAUUCACGCUUGCUUAGCAUACGACGUCACCAUCGCAAUGAACACGAGCGUUUGCUGAGCCUACAAACGAAAAGGCAGUUUAUGAUACGCACUUCGGUGACAUCGAUCAAUUCACAACGGCAACCGACAUUUACGCAAAAGACCGAAAUAAGCUCACUCAGUCUGGAAAAGAAUCAAGAGGUGACAAUAAUGCUCAUGGACACGUUGCUGGUGCAUCCCUUGCUCAUAUCGGUGAAUUUGUUGGUGGUGCCGCCGGCGUCGCAGCACUUCAAGCAACAUGUGUACGGUAACGAAGACACAAUUAAUGYGGCGACAGUUCCUAUAUCAGAAAUCGGUGCCAAUUGUAAUCCGGCUGAUGAAGCGCAACGGGCGGGCACRCCAACAAGYAGCAAUGUGACUGGCGARCGUCUGCUSUUGGCGGCAGAUGACUCAGCGGUGUGUGUAGUGCCACCUUCACCGCCAAAUGUACCGUCAAUACUGCUUACACCGCCUACACAUCGUGCUGCCUCGAMAACGUCUACAGUGUCAACGGCUUCAUCCGUCGGUUCGGCGGUGUCGGUCUCCUCGUCGGCAUCGGAUUUCGUUUAAGUUGUUGUAGCUAAAAGCCAUAGGCAUUAUGGAGACGUUCCAUAUAUUUUGUGAUUAUUUUACUAAUGAAAUCGUGUUCAGUUUUUCAUUCGUUGGAAUAUUAUUUUAUAAACUUAUACACAACAUUACUUGUAAUUCUGCCAUAAAAGCGCACAAUCAAAUAUGAAAAAAUGCUUGUCCAAAUAUUUUUUUUUUUUGUAUUUGCGCAGAAAAUGAAAAGUGAAUUACGCUCGGACUUUUUAUUGGAAUCGAAGUGUUUAUAUAUAUGCUAUAUCAUGUAGAAACAAAAUUUUACUUUAUGUACGUUAAUUUUAAAAAAGCAUUCGAGCUUGGAAAAAUUUUAAUUUUUCUUGUAAAUUUUUUUUUUUAAGUUUUGUAUGAUAUUGAAUUUGAAGUUAUUAUAAAUUAGUAAUACUCAUUUUUGCGGCUUUUCAGAAUUUACAAGUCACGUCAAUAAAAAUAAGAGAAAUCUAAUUAGAAUGUCGUUUUCGUUUGCGCUGGCGAAGUCGUAUAAAAUAUUGUUGUUGUAAAUACAUAUAUUUGUAUUGAAUUAAAAUUUAUGAAGAUGUAUAUCAACUUUUUUAUACUUAUAUAAUAACUUGUAAUUUACUAUGUACAUACAUUAUGUAUAAUCAUGAAUGGUGUCGCACAAGAACAUAAUAUACAACUAACUGCGUUAACAAAUUAA